AUGGGACGUGGGGGCGAGGGGAAGAGGGGAGAGGGGAAGAGGAUUGAGGAAAGCUUCAAGACGUUAUUCUGGGCCAUAUUCGGUCUGUCCGAAGUCAAGUCAGUGAAGAUCAACAAUGGCCAUAAGUUUAUCGAGAAUAUCGGCUACAUCCUUUAUGGGGUUUAUAACGUCACCAUGGUGAUCGUCCUGCUCAACAUGCUCAUUGCCAUGAUCAAUAACUCCUUCCAGGAAAUAGAGGAUGACGCUGAUGUAGAGUGGAAAUUUGCCCGGGCUAAGCUAUGGUUCUCCUACUUUGAGGAAGGUGGGACAUUACCUGUCCCCUUUAACCUGGUUCCCAGUCCCAAGGCCAUCAUUGCCUUGGUCCUGGGGCUAAGAGACCUCAUGCUGAAGGCUCUCAACAGACACAAGAGCUGUCACAAUGAGGAUACAGAGCUCAAUAAGUUGGAUCAUCAUAAGAAUUUAACUGCUGGAGGUCUGGCUUGUCCGAGUCGGCACCAGAAGAUAAUGAGGCGCCUCAUCAAGAGAUAUGUGAUACAAGCACAGAUCAAUAAAGACAGUGACGAAGUGAAUGAAGGAGAGCUGAAGGAGAUUAAACAUGACAUCUCUAGUUUACGCUACGAACUCCUGGAGCAGAAGAACCACAAUAUGGAGGAGUUAGCUGAGCUGAUCCGGAGACUGGGAGAGAGGAUACCUGCCGAGCAGCAGAGGCAUCAGGGUCAGAUAUAG